GUUCCAUGUUCACUGACCUGGUCCAAGGUUGAUGUGAUAAUACGAGUGUUCAGUAACUUUUUUAAAUCCUGGUGCACAUUCUGUCCAAGAUCACUGCAGGGACUCACUUGUGAGAGGAGUGAAUCAUCGAGGCCUGCAGGAUGGCCCAGGCAGACAGUAAGGUGCUGGUUCUGGGAGCUCUGGCUGGAGUGGCUGGCAUCAGUUUGGCUGUGGUGUGUUAUCAAGGCUUUAGGUCAAGGCGAAGAAGCUCGUGGCCGGGGUUCUACCUCAACCGCACUAAUGAACAGGGGCCUGGCAUCAUGGUGGUGGAUGGUCCAGGUUUGCCUAGGGGUCAGGAUGAGGUGCUGGAGCGCCUUGAGGCCCUGAUCCAGUGCGUGUCUGAGCUAAAGGAGGAGAUGAAGUCAUUGAAGAGUGCUCUGCCGACGCUGCAGGAUCAAGUCAGGGAAGAGCUGAGGGGACGGGAUGAGGCGCGUCGAGCCAGCCCUCUCCACAGGACCACACCAACACGAAGGAAAAGGGCUGCAGGCACCAUCGCCGGGGCCAGAGCAGGCGGUCGGAGCUCAGAGGAAGCCGAGAGUGAGGGAGGGUAUAUGACUGCACUGACAGACUCUGAGGAAGACGAUUUAAGUGAUGCAGAACAAAGCGAUGAAGAACAACCUGCAGAUAAGCUAUGUGUCCUCCUCGAGAGGAUCGAUGGGUUGCGCCAGGGCACUGAAUCUGACAAAAGGGAAUGUCUCAACCUCCUUUUGGAGCAGAGAGAGGAGUUUGGACAGAACUCAACAUUUCUUUGGCGGCUAACCCGAGCUUACUGUGAUGUUCACGACAUCAGUUCCACUCUGGAGGAGAAGAAGACCCAUGCAGAAACAGGGAAGAAAGUUGGCGAGGAGGCAGUGAGCCUGAACCCCACAUGUGCUGAAAGUCAUCAGUGGUAUGCCAUCAUGUGUGGGAUUAUGGCAGAAUAUGACACAGUACAGAACAAGAUAAAGAACGGAUACAUCUUUAAGGAUCAUCUGGAUAAGGCCAUUGAGCUGAAGCCACGAGACCCCAUGUCCUACUACCUGCUGGGCCGCUGGUGCUACGCUGUGGCUCAGUUGUCGUGGAUUGAGAGGAAAGUUGCUGCAACAUUGUUUGGAGAGCCUCCAAGUGCCACAGUUGAAGAUGCACUGAAGAAUUUUCUAAGGGUUGAGGAGCUCCAGCCAGGAUAUUCCAAACUCAACUAUGUGUUUCUAGCUAAGUGCUACAAAGACCUGGGGCAAAGGGAGAAGGCGAGGAAGAUGUGUGAAGCUGCUUCUUCAAUGAAUGGCAUGUCCAAAGAGGAUGAAGAGGCACAGAAGGAGCUGGACUCACUCUACCCAGCGCUCGGAGUGUGACGACAGCUUGCACAUAGCACAUUCUUUUGGAAAUGCAUUUUCCAUGUGCUACGAGCUGUGUGUGUGUGUGUGUGUGUGUGUAUGUGUGGAUAUAGUGUGUAUUGAGAGGACAUCAUGUUAAUUCACUCUGUGAGUGGAGGGAGGUGCGCUGUGGCAUUAUAUAAUCAAUGGGAGCAAUAACACAGUCAGAGCCGUCCGAUGCAGUUUUAAAACAGAUUCGUAAUCUGAUUGGUUUGGCUUUUUUUUUUUCGAGAGCAAAUUAUUCAAACCUGGUUGUACAAAAUCGGUAAGACAAUUUGUUUUCCCUUUUAGAUAAUAAAGUCUCUAAAGUGGACAUUUUAAUUUUUAUAGCAAUUUGAUUAGUCAUAAGUUACAGUCUGAUUGCUCUGAUAGCGAAAGUCAGUCCAGUGUGUCUCAAGGAUACUGAGUUUCCUUGACAACAAUGACUUGUCGCUUUUUGGGAAAGUGACCCACAGGACGCAUCCAAACAAAGAUCUUGGAAUGCUGUGACCACUAGACGACCUCCUGCCCUCUUGACUCAGA